AUGGAUGACGAAAGUGUAAUCCAGUAUGAAAGAUCGCUCGGGAAAGGAGCGUAUGGAUCCGUAUUUCUCAUCAGGAAUGAACUUAACGGUGAACGGUAUGCACUGAAAAGGAUAGACUUUCAAGGUAAUGAAGAAGAAUGUGUGCAAGCAAGACGAGAGGCAGAAAUUUUGUCCAAACUAAGUCAUGAAAAUGUUUUGAAGUACAUAGAGUCAUUCGAAGAUGAGGAUACUCUCAACAUUGUUACAGAGUUUUGUGAAGGGGGAGACCUGGAAGAUUACUUACGACAAAGGAAGGGUAAACAACUUGCAGAGCAACAUAUCAUUUUAUGGAUUCAACAGGUUAUGUCAGGACUGCAGUACAUACACGAGAAAAAGAUUUUGCACAGGGAUUUAAAGACUAAAAAUCUAUUCUUGACAGAAAAUCUUAAUAUCAAAGUUGGAGAUUUGGGCAUUGCUAAAGUUUUAGAGGGUGAGAAAGCCAAGGCUAUGACGUUUGUAGGAACCCUGACCUACAUGAGUCCGGAACAGUUUCAACAUCAACCAUACAACCAUAAGGCUGAUAUCUGGAGUUUUGGAUGCUGUGCCUAUGAGAUGGUAGCAUUGCGGAGAGCAUUCAAUAAACCCUCCUUGUUUCAUAAUGUACAGGAUAUCCAAAACGGAAAGUUGCCAGCAUUUCCCAGUGGUUACACUGAAUCAUUGAAGGACCUAGUGUUCUCUAUGCUGAAGACAAAUCCAAAACACCGCCCCAGUGCAACUAAGUUAUUACAGCAUGAUCUACUACAGGAUGCUACAAGUUGGAGGAUACAAGAUGUGGUGGUGUUGUCUGAAAUGGAGUCAAAAGGAAAACCCAACAAAUCCGCAAGAUUACGGAGGAGGAAAGACGUAGCUCAAGGAAAAUAUGCCAAACCUGACAUUCGGAUGUCGAUGUCCUGGAAAGACAUACGAAUGGAAAUUGACAAACAUGAACAGGAGGUGCUCAGUAACGUAAUAGAUAAACUUGCUCAGGUCACUCUUCAAAACAGUGCUAGUGGAUUCAUGGAUGAUACAAUGAGAGUUAAUGAAUCUGAAGAAAAUAGUACCAUGAGAGUUAAUCAGACAGGUACAGGUGAUUACGAUGACACCAUGAGAGUUAAUCGGACAGGUACAGGUGAUUACGAUGACACCAUGAGAGUUAGUCGGACAGGUACAGGUAAUUACGAUGACACCAUGAGAGUUAAUCAGACAGGUACAGGGGAUUAUGAUAACACAAUGAGAGUCAACAGCACAUAUGAAGGUGAUUACGAUGACACAAUGAGAGUUAAUAAUACAGGUACGAGCAAAUAUCGUGAAACCCUAGAGGAAAAUGAAAGCAAUGAUUAUGAUGAUACAUUUGUAACAGCACGCUCAGGAAACGAUACAAUAAACACAUUCUUAAGUGAUCACUUUGAGGAAUUUUACGAUGCAUCACAAAGUUUAUCGUCAACCGUAGCAACAGAGUUAGAAACUCUUUUACGUACAAGCUCUGAUUCGUUAUCUUCACUGAAAAUUAACAUGGUAUCAAAGGAUUUACUAGAGAAACAAGGACCCGAUGGUGAGGCUAUGAAAGGUAAAGAAGAGGAAGUGCUAGCUAGUCUGGAGGGCACCAUAGAUUUCUCUAGAAAUCCCAUCGCAGCAGCCAGAACUAUUGUGGAAGGAUUGAAGAAAAACCUAACCCCAUUCGAAGGUUCUGAUGAAGUAGAGACAGCACCACCACAGACCAACUCUUCUAGUCCUGAUGGAGGUAAAAAGAAAAGAAAGAAAGCUAGUUUUCUGGCCAAGAAAGUAGAGAGGAAAAAAAGUGAGACGACCUCACCUGUUGGCAGUUUGACAUUUCCUGAUUCGGAGAAAUAUACAGCACCUGUUGACCUUGUGACCUUGUACACCCAUGCUCAGAAAGCCACUUUCAAGAAUGUAAAAGAAGGAGGUGACAUGCCAGCAGCAGAAACCAUCCCAAAGGAGGAAGAGGAUGAACCAGUGGUAAUGAGACCUAAACGUGCACGUUCCCGUCGUUACGGUCGUGAUCCUUUCAACAGAAGGAAGACAACAGAUUCCAUCAGAGGCAUUCUAGCCAUUAUGAGUGUACCUGAGAACAAGGACAUCUGUGAUGACCAAGCAGCAUAUUUGCGGAGGGAAAUUGUGAAUGACCUUGGAAAGGACAUACUGGAUAAGUGUUUUGAUCUCAUGUCAAGUAUUCAAGACGACAACAUUUUACAGGUGGUGCUACAAGAUUUAAUUGGACCAAGGAAAUAUGAGGAAUAUAGAAUGCACUUGUUCUUGCUGAGGAUGUUUGAACUAAAUUCAAUAGCUUCAUAUUAGGAUGCUCAGAUCAAACAUGUUUGGCUUUGACCACCGUAAUUAUUUUUUCAAAUACAGAU